AAACUCCCGCCGCAUCUCAUCCUGCAACACUGCCAAGCGAUGUAGAGAUACUUCUGCUCUGAACACCUGCUUUGAACAAAAAUACUUUUUCUAGACUUUCUAAACUGCAUCAAAAAAAAACUUUGCAAAGAUGAUUUCUGCAUGUCUGGAGAUUAUUGGACUUGGCUUGAGCGUCACCGGGACCCUUUUGGUGAUGGUGGCUUGUGGGCUGCCCAUGUGGAAAGUGUCUGCCUUCAUCGAGGGCAACAUCGUGGUGGCGCAAAACAUCUGGGACGGGCUGUGGAUGUCCUGCGUGGUCCAGAGCACGGGUCAGAUGCAGUGUAAAAUGCACGACUCCGUCCUGGCGCUGAACACUGACCUCCAGACCGCUCGGGCUCUGACGGUCAUCUCAGCGGUUUUGGGUGUCCAGGCUCUGAUGAUAACCAUCGCCGGUGCUCAGUGCACCAACUGCAUCAGUAAAGAGUCCAUCAAAGCCAAAGUAGUCAACGUCGGAGGGGUGAUAUACAUCAUCUCAGGCUUGUUUGUGCUGGUGCCUCUGUGCUGGAUGGCCAAUAACAUCAUCUCGGACUUCUACGACCCUCAAGUCCCUUAUGCAAAGAAGAGAGAAAUUGGAGCUGCGCUCUACAUCGGAUGGGCAGCAUCUGCCAUGCUUCUGGUCGGAGGAGUGAUCCUGUGUUUCUCUCGUCCACAUGAUGAGAAAUCCUCGUAUCCUCUAAAAUAUGUACCUCCACCUACAAAAAGCACAUCAAUCAAUGGGGACUAUGAUAAACGAAACUAUGUGUGAACCUCAACGUUCAACCAUGGACUAGUGGCUCUGCGCAUAUGGACUUUCAAGGCUGUAAACUUUAAUAUCUGGGUAGUUCAUCAAUAAUUGUAUUUUUAAUUCAAAAACUAGAUUUAAGGUUCAAAUAUAUAUGAAAAUGUAUUUUUAGGUGCUCUGUUUCUUAUAAAUGAGUGUGAGAAAUAAUUUUUUAAAGUUUGCAUAUCCAUUAAAACUGCAUGUUAAAAAAUGUUUAAAAUAGUUUUACAUGAAAUAAUGUAAGUCAACUUCCCAGUUACAUGCAACAGGUCUUGUACCAAACUUAGCAAACAUUCAGAUAAUCAAUUGACAAUGUAUAAACUUUGACUGUGUAUGUAUAAACUAUGUUUGAUUAUAUUUUUCUGUCUUUAGCUCCUUUAACAGUUUGUCCUAGUAAUAAUGAAUUAGAUGUACACAGGUAUUUUUUGUCUUAGUUAGUGAUAUUAGGGUCAGCGGCCCACUUGUUUGCAUUUGAUUUUAAUCACUGUGGCGUAAGGUGGGUGAAGGGAGGGUCUAUAUUUCUUGUUUUUGUUCCGCUUUAUGAGAGUGCACUAAUUAGACACGGUCUGUGCUUCAAUAAGACACUGAAUAAUGCCUAUUGUUCUGCCUAUAGACUCCAGGCUGCAGCUUUACAUGAGACUGUUUUGAUCAUCUAAACCUCCUGAUUGUACAUAGUUGUAUGAAACCA